GUGACUUUGUGGAACAAGCUAUAUGGAUCUGUUGAUCCAACGUGUGGUUGCCGGUGUGAGGCUGCGGCUUUGAUUCGGGCGCGCGAGGAACAGGAGAAGACUCAUCAUUUUUUGCUCGGGCUCGACGACGAACAGUUCGGUCACAUCCGAUCUCAGAUUAUUGCCACCGAACCUGUUCCGGACAUACACCGGGCUUAUACACUCAUCGUUCAAGAGGAACGGAAUAAGAGCAUUGUCUGUGGCCGAGAUGAUCGUACGGACGCUCUCGCCUUUGCCAUGCAGCGUCCCGCUCCUACCUUGGGUCGUGGAGACCCCCCCAUUAUUCGUGCACACAUUGUGGAAAAGACGGCCAUUCCGUGGAUCGGUGCUAUCAAUUGCAUGGGUAUCCGCCCGGGAAGGGCCGUGGAGGUCGCGGCACUGCAUCCGACCGAGGGAGUCGCGGCGGUGGCAGAACGCCGUCCGGCGGCAGUAGCGCCCCUGGCCGUGGGUCUGGCCGAGGGAUAGGAUCGGCGACAGGGGAGCAAAUGCAGCCACCAAUUCCAACGCCUUAGGCCUCACACCUGAUUAGAUGACUCGGUUACUUUCCAUGCUCGACGUCUCUUCUUCCGACAAGGAUACUGGGUCUAAUGGAUUGUGUCACGAAGAUGGAGAUUGGACGGGGUGAUGCACACAAUGGAGUUUUCUUGUUUCGUCCAUGUUCUACAACAUUUGCUACCCAAGUGGAUCCUUCUCUCCUUCAUAAACGCUUGGGGCAUCCAUCUGUUCAAGUUUUGUCGUCUCUUAUUCCUUCUGCCAGUAGCUCUAAACUUAAAUUAUUACAAUCAUGUGAAAUUUGUUUCCAAUCCAAACAAGUUCGUAGCUCUUUUCCUAUUAGUUCCAAUAA